ACGUCACAAAUUAUGAAAACAAUAAUCCUCAUCGUACUUCUACUCGGAGCAUGGGCAUAGGAAAAGACAAACAAAGUUGAAUGCCCUGUCAUUGGUAUUGAUUUAGGUACAACAUAUUCUUGUGUUGGAAUUUAUAAAAAUGGAAAUGUAGAAAUCAUUCCAAACGAAUAAGGAAACAGAAUUACACCUUCAGUUGUAGCAUUUACUGAUGAAGAACGUCUCAUAGGAGAGGCAGCUAAAAACUAGGCAGCCAUCAACCCUGCUAGAACACUUUAUGAUGUCAAAAGAUUGAUUGGAAGAAAGUAAGAAUUUUAUCUUAUUGUAUUAUAGAUAUACAGAUUCAACAGUUCAAUAUGAUAAAAAGUUUAUGCCAUAUGAAAUUGUUGAUAAAGACACUAAACCAUACAUUAAAGUCACUAACAUUAAAGGUCAUUAAUCUAAGAUCUUUGCCCCUGAAGAAAUUUCUGCUAUGGUUUUGACUAAAAUGAAGGAAAUCUCUGAAACAUAUUUAGGAAAGAAAGUUAUUAAUGCAGUUGUCACAGUUCCAGCCUAUUUCAAUGAUGCUUAAAGAUAAGCUACUAAAGAUGCAGGAACUAUUUCAGGAUUGAAUGUUGUUAGAAUUCUUAAUGAACCAACAGCAGCAGCCAUAGCUUAUGGUCUUGAUAAGAAAGAUGGAGAAAAGAAUAUCUUAGUCUUUGAUUUAGGAGGUGGUACUUUUGAUGUUUCAAUCUUAACUAUUGAUAAUGGUGUCUUUGAAGUUGUUGCUACAUCAGGAGAUACUCAUUUGGGAGGAGAAGAUUUUGAUUAAAGAAUUAUUGAUCAUUUCAUUAAGGUCAUUAAGAAGAAACAUAAUAAAGAUAUCAGUGCUGAUAAAAGAGCUAUUCAAAAAUUAAAGAGAGAAGUUGAAAAAUCUAAGAGAGCACUCUCUGCUACUCAUGAAACUAAAAUCGAAAUUGAAGAUUUAGUUGAUGGUUUAGAUUUCAAUGAAGUACUCACUAGAGCUAAAUUUGAAGAAUUGAACAAUGAUCUCUUUAAAAAGACAACUGGUCCUAUGUAAACUGCUUUGGAAGACUCUAAAUUCAAAAAGACUGAAAUUCAUGAAAUCGUUUUGGUUGGAGGAUCAAGCAGAAUUCCAAAAAUUAGAUAAAUUGUUAAAGAUUUCUUUAAUGGAAAGGAAGCUAACACUGGUAUCAAUCCAGAUGAAGCUGUUUGUUAUGGUGCUGCCAUCUAAGGUGGUAUUAUUUGUGGUGAAGAAUCUAAUGAAACCAAAGGUUUAAUUGUUAUUGAUGCAACUCCUUUGAGUUUGGGUAUUGAAACUGUUGGAGGAGUCAUGACUAAAAUUAUUCCAAAGGGAUCUUAUAUUCCAACCAAAAAAUCUUAAGUCUUCACAACCUAUUAAGAUUAAUAAUAAACUGUUACAAUUUCAGUUUUUGAAGGUGAAAGACCACUUGUUAAAGAUAAUCACAAAUUAGGAACUUUCGAUUUAACAGGUAUCCCACCAGCUCCUAGAGGAACUCCUUAAAUUGAAGUUACUUUUGAAAUUGAUGCCAAUGGUAUCCUUUAAGUUGCUGCCUAAGAUAAAGGAACAGNGGAAAAGACAAACAAAGUUGAAUGCCCUGUCAUUGGUAUUGAUUUAGGUACAACAUAUUCUUGUGUUGGAAUUUAUAAAAAUGGAAAUGUAGAAAUCAUUCCAAACGAAUAAGGAAACAGAAUUACACCUUCAGUUGUAGCAUUUACUGAUGAAGAACGUCUCAUAGGAGAGGCAGCUAAAAACUAGGCAGCCAUCAACCCUGCUAGAACACUUUAUGAUGUCAAAAGAUUGAUUGGAAGAAAGUAAGAAUUUUAUCUUAUUGUAUUAUAGAUAUACAGAUUCAACAGUUCAAUAUGAUAAAAAGUUUAUGCCAUAUGAAAUUGUUGAUAAAGACACUAAACCAUACAUUAAAGUCACUAACAUUAAAGGUCAUUAAUCUAAGAUCUUUGCCCCUGAAGAAAUUUCUGCUAUGGUUUUAACUAAAAUGAAGGAAAUCUCUGAAACAUAUUUAGGAAAGAAAGUUAUUAAUGCAGUUGUCACAGUUCCAGCCUAUUUCAAUGAUGCUUAAAGAUAAGCUACUAAAGAUGCAGGAACUAUUUCAGGAUUGAAUGUUGUUAGAAUUCUUAAUGAACCAACAGCAGCAGCCAUAGCUUAUGGUCUUGAUAAGAAAGAUGGAGAAAAGAAUAUCUUAGUCUUUGAUUUAGGAGGUGGUACUUUUGAUGUUUCAAUCUUAACUAUUGAUAAUGGUGUCUUUGAAGUUGUUGCUACAUCAGGAGAUACUCAUUUGGGAGGAGAAGAUUUUGAUUAAAGAAUUAUUGAUCAUUUCAUUAAGGUCAUUAAGAAGAAACAUAAUAAAGAUAUCAGUGCUGAUAAAAGAGCUAUUCAAAAAUUAAAGAGAGAAGUUGAAAAAUCUAAGAGAGCACUCUCUGCUACUCAUGAAACUAAAAUCGAAAUUGAAGAUUUAGUUGAUGGUUUAGAUUUCAAUGAAGUACUCACUAGAGCUAAAUUUGAAGAAUUGAACAAUGAUCUCUUUAAAAAGACAACUGGUCCUAUGUAAACUGCUUUGGAAGACUCUAAAUUCAAAAAGACUGAAAUUCAUGAAAUCGUUUUGGUUGGAGGAUCAAGCAGAAUUCCAAAAAUUAGAUAAAUUGUUAAAGAUUUCUUUAAUGGAAAGGAAGCUAACACUGGUAUCAAUCCAGAUGAAGCUGUUUGUUAUGGUGCUGCCAUCUAAGGUGGUAUUAUUUGUGGUGAAGAAUCUAAUGAAACCAAAGGUUUAAUUGUUAUUGAUGCAACUCCUUUGAGUUUGGGUAUUGAAACUGUUGGAGGAGUCAUGACUAAAAUNGAAAACAAUAAUCCUCAUCGUACUUCUACUCGGAGCAUGGGCAUAGGAAAAGACAAACAAAGUUGAAUGCCCUGUCAUUGGUAUUGAUUUAGGUACAACAUAUUCUUGUGUUGGAAUUUAUAAAAAUGGAAAUGUAGAAAUCAUUCCAAACGAAUAAGGAAACAGAAUUACACCUUCAGUUGUAGCAUUUACUGAUGAAGAACGUCUCAUAGGAGAGGCAGCUAAAAACUAGGCAGCCAUCAACCCUGCUAGAACACUUUAUGAUGUCAAAAGAUUGAUUGGAAGAAAGUAAGAAUUUUAUCUUAUUGUAUUAUAGAUAUACAGAUUCAACAGUUCAAUAUGAUAAAAAGUUUAUGCCAUAUGAAAUUGUUGAUAAAGACACUAAACCAUACAUUAAAGUCACUAACAUUAAAGGUCAUUAAUCUAAGAUCUUUGCCCCUGAAGAAAUUUCUGCUAUGGUUUUAACUAAAAUGAAGGAAAUCUCUGAAACAUAUUUAGGAAAGAAAGUUAUUAAUGCAGUUGUCACAGUUCCAGCCUAUUUCAAUGAUGCUUAAAGAUAAGCUACUAAAGAUGCAGGAACUAUUUCAGGAUUGAAUGUUGUUAGAAUUCUUAAUGAACCAACAGCAGCAGCCAUAGCUUAUGGUCUUGAUAAGAAAGAUGGAGAAAAGAAUAUCUUAGUCUUUGAUUUAGGAGGUGGUACUUUUGAUGUUUCAAUCUUAACUAUUGAUAAUGGUGUUUUUGAAGUUGUUGCUACAUCAGGAGAUACUCAUUUGGGAGGAGAAGAUUUUGAUUAAAGAAUUAUUGAUCAUUUCAUUAAGGUCAUUAAGAAGAAACAUAAUAAAGAUAUCAGUGCUGAUAAAAGAGCUAUUCAAAAAUUAAAGAGAGAAGUUGAAAAAUCUAAGAGAGCACUCUCUGCUACUCAUGAAACUAAAAUCGAAAUUGAAGAUUUAGUUGAUGGUUUAGAUUUCAAUGAAGUACUCACUAGAGCUAAAUUUGAAGAAUUGAACAAUGAUCUCUUUAAAAAGACAACUGGUCCUAUGUAAACUGCUUUGGAAGACUCUAAAUUCAAAAAGACUGAAAUUCAUGAAAUCGUUUUGGUUGGAGGAUCAAGCAGAAUUCCAAAAAUUAGAUAAAUUGUUAAAGAUUUCUUUAAUGGAAAGGAAGCUAACACUGGUAUCAAUCCAGAUGAAGCUGUUUGUUAUGGUGCUGCCAUCUAAGGUGGUAUUAUUUGUGGUGAAGAAUCUAAUGAAACCAAAGGUUUAAUUGUUAUUGAUGCAACACCUUUGAGUUUGGGUAUUGAAACUGUUGGAGGAGUCAUGACUAAAAUCAUUCCAAAGGGAUCUUAUAUUCCAACCAAAAAAUCUUAAGUCUUCACAACCUAUUAAGAUUAAUAAUAAACUGUUACAAUUUCAGUUUUUGAAGGUGAAAGACCACUUGUUAAAGAUAAUCACAAAUUAGGAACUUUCGAUUUAACAGGUAUCCCACCAGCUCCUAGAGGAACUCCUUAAAUUGAAGUUACUUUUGAAAUUGAUGCCAAUGGUAUCCUUUAAGUUGCUGCCUAAGAUAAAGGAACAGGAAAUAAGAAUCAAAUUGUUAUUACUAACGAUUCAGGUAGAUUAUCAAAGGAAGAAAUUGAUAAAAUGUUAAGAGAAGCUGAAGAGUUUGCUGAAUAAGAUAAAGCUGCUAAGGAAAGAAUUGAUUCUAAGAAUUCUUUGGAAAGUUAUAUUUAUUCAAUGAAAAAUCAAAUUGAAGUAUGAAUUUAAAUUUAUAUUGUUAGGAUCCAGAAAAAUUGGCUAACAAAUUAUCUGAUGAUGAAAAAGAUACUAUUAAGGAUGCAUUAAAGGAUAGUUAAGAUUGGUUAGAUAAAAAUUAAAAUGCUGAAAAAGAAGACUAUGAAGAAGAACUUAAAGAAUUGGAAAAGUAUAUAUAUAAAUUAAAUAUUUAGAAUCUGUAAUCCAAUUAUUAAGAAAGUUUACUAAUAAUCUGGAAGUUAAUAAUAAGCAUCAGAUGACGAUUAUGAUUCCGAUUUAUGAUUUAUGUAUAUUUCUGUGUGUUUUGAAUUAAAUAUUCAAUUAAACUUAAG